AUGUUUUGGAAACAACAAAGCAGCGCGUAGAGUUGCGUCCAAACAAACAAUAUUUAGACUAAGAAUAAUUCAAAUUAUAAUAGCAAGCUAGCAAAUGGAUUUCAUCCAAUACCUUAAGAAUUAAUUGAACAAACCAAUAUUACCACACAUAAGCACAGCAACAUAUAAUAAAUUGUAAAUACAAACACAAGUCCUCUGAAGAGUGGUAAUUCCACAUAAGUAUCAGUAGAAUCUGAUGAUUAUCUUGAUUCGCGAACAUUACCACCAAAUUUUGAAAAAAACAUUAGAGAAUUAGAAGUUAUUAUUGAGGAGACUCCUGAAAUUGAAUUAGAUAAAAUAAAAGAGCUUAUAAUGCUUUACACAUUGGCUGUUGAAUAUUAUGACUCAAAUAAUGAUGAUAAAUUUAUUUACUAUAAAAAUAAAAUUGUUCACCUUCACUAGCAAGCAAAUGUAAUUAAGGCGAUGAAUAAAUAUGUUGCUCCUCGAUAAUAAAAUCCAUAAAUUGUUAAAUCACCAAUAAAAUCUUAGAUUUAUGAGAAGUAAAAAAGCGAAAAUUACGCAUCUGAAUCAUCAUCAUCCUAAAUUCAAAACAUAAGAUUUGAAAGCGAAGAAAGUCAGAUGUAAAUUACUGCAAAAGAAAAGGAAAAAAAAUAAAUAGAAACGAAGGAGAAAAUGAAGGGAUUUGAAGAAAAAGCAGUAGUAGGAAUUACUGAUGCUAUUGUGACAAAAUUAAUCGAUAUUUAAGAUGAAAAUGUUAUUGAAUAAGAAAUAAUUAUAGAAAAAGAUCUUAAGAAACAAACGAACAACAUCUUAAAACGUCUUAAUAAAAGAAUCAAAAUCAAAGAAAAAUGUUCCACUCCUCCAUCAGGAUCUUCUAAGAAAUUUCACUUAAAUUUGGAUGUGUGCAAAACAGAAUGCUCUAACUUUGAUGCAGGAGUAGAAUAAUAUAUUUCUAAUGCUCCCCCGAAAUAGGCCUUAACAUCUAGACAGCAUAGAUAAAAACCAAGUAUAAGUGUUAUAGACAGCAUAGUAGCUAACUUUAUUUCAGACAAAAAAAGAAGUCUUAACGAAGAAAAGAACUUUAAAAUAGAUUAAAUUGAAUUUGAGUAUGAAAAAUUGUCCUUUUAACUUGAGAAAAGCAAGACUUAAUUAACUGAAGAAGAAAAAAUGAAAUUGGAGUUAGAAAAAGAAAAUAAAAUUAGAAUGAUAGAAGAAGAAUACAUUCUAAAAGAAAAAUAAGAAAUAGAAAUAAUCCAUUAGAAAUAUUACAAGUAUGACUUAAAUAAAUCAAAAGAGUCUUCCCCUAUUAAAAAUAGUGUAUAAACCACAUAAGAUUAAAAGUCUUAGCCAGAAAUCAACACCAAACAAGCAAUCAAAUUAGUUAGUUCUAAAUGA